AGAACAAAAAACCCCCAAACAAAACCCCCCCAAAAAAAUGUCGAGUAGAAGAACCCUUCACCCACACUCCUCCACAACACUCUCUCUGCUCCUCCUCUCUCUCCUCUCCGACCACCUCCGCCGCGCCACCGCCAACGUCUUCAUCUACGCCGGCUGCUCCCAAGAGAAAUUCCAACCGAGCUCCCCCUUCGAAACCAACCUCAACACCCUCCUCAACUCCGCCGUCUCCUCCUCCUCCCAGUCCUCCUACAACAGCUUCGCCCUCGUUGGCAACGACACCACCUCCCCUGCCACGGCGGCCACGCCACCAGACGAACCCGCCGUCUACGGCCUGUACCAAUGCCGUGGGGACUUGAACUUGCCAGACUGCUCCAGAUGUGUGCAAAGUGCAAUAAACCAAAUCAGCCUAGUGUGUCCCUACGCAUUAGGGGCUAGUUUGCAAUUAGACAGCUGUUUUAUAAGGUACGAGCAUAUGGAUUUCUUGGGGAAAUUGGACGCGGGGCUAAGGUACAAGAAGUGUAGCGUGAAAAGCGUGACGAACGACGAGGAGUUCUUUAGGAGGAGGGAUGACGUGCUGGCCGACGUGGAAGGGGCGAUCGGGUUCCGGGUCAGUAGCUCGGGUUUGGUCGAAGGGUUCGGGCAGUGUCUGGGUGAUCUGGGAGCCGCGGAUUGUACGGCUUGCCUGGCGGAAGCCGUCGGGAAGCUGAAGAGCUUGUGUGGCUCGGCUGUGGCGGCUGAUGUGUUCUUGGACCAGUGUUAUGCCAGGUACUGGGCUUCUGGCUAUUAUGAUACUUCUUCAGAUUCUUCCAGCGAGGAUGAGGUGGGAAAAACAGUGGCCAUAAUUGUAGGGGUGGUGGCCGGCGUAGCUGUUUUCAUUGUUCUUAUCUCAGUUUGCCAAAGAGCAGUGGGAUCAAGGUAGAAAGAGAGUGGUUUCAAUUUGUCAAGGAAAUGAAGGCCAGGAGGUCAUUGUAAAAGGACCCAUGCAUACAUAUGCUUCUUUUCAAGAUAAAUAUUAUUCUUGGGACAAUUAUUUAUUCCACUUAAUUGUGUCCAUUUUAAGUACA